AUGGUGAGACAGCUUUUUAAUCAAAGAGAAGCUGGGAUUAUCCUUAAAACUCCCAUCAGCUUUCUUAACAGCAAAGAUAAGCUAUUAUGGCAAGGCACAAAAGAUGACAGUUUUUCAGUUAGAAGUGCGUACCACAAGGAGAUAGAGAGAACUCACUUCCAAUCAAGUCAAGCCUCAAGUAGUUCCUCAUUCACAGCAGUCUGGAAACAGCUAUGGCAAUUAAAAGUGCAACCUGGGGUACUCCUAUGGAGAUCAUGCCUCGAGGCCCUUCCAACUAAUUCAAAUCUUUAUAAGAGGAGAUUAGUUGAGAACCCUCUCUGCCCAAUCUGUUACUUGGAGGCAGAAGAUUCAGCUCAUGCACUAUGGAGAUGUGAAUCAGCUAAAGAUGUUUGGAGCCAAUGCUCAAAAAGCUUACAAAAAUGUCAUCAACCUCACGUGACUAUGAUCCAACUUCUAGAAGACUUACUUCAGGCUAUGGACAGUCGAAUCAUCCAAGAGUUUGCAGUAGUGGCUAGGAAGAUAUGGUGGAGAAGAAACAAAUUCCUCUUUGAAGGCACCUUUGCACACCCGAAUGCUGUAGUGAGGGAAGCGAGAGGAACAUUGGAUCUGUUGAUUGAAGAGGAAUCAAGAUUGGGUCGAGGGCAAACUAAUACACAAGUGGAGGAUUGGCAGGCUCCUCCAUCAAACUGGAUCAAGCUAAAUUGGGACAGUGCAGUAGACAAAGCAAAUGGUGUAAUUGGAGUGGGAGUAGCUGUUAGGGACAGCCUUGGUUAUACCAUUGCUACCAAGAAAACUAAUAAACUCCUCUUCCCCAAUCCACUUCUAGCAAAGGCCUUUGGAGCUCUCAAAGCUGUUCAGUUUGGAGUGGAACUUGGUCUAUCCCAAGUUGUUGUUGAAGGCGACUCUUUGCAAGUCAUCAAUAUACUGAGAAGUGAUAAAGAAGGUUGUAAUAGU